CGGCGGAAGCGGCGCGUGAGGGAGAGACCGGGAGCGGAACCGGGACCGGGACCGGGAACCGGGAACGGGGAUCGGGAACAGGACCGGGACCAUGAACAUCCGCAACGCGCGGCCCGAGGACCUGAUGAACAUGCAGCACUGCAACCUGCUGUGCCUGCCCGAGAACUACCAGAUGAAAUAUUACUUCUACCACGGCCUCUCCUGGCCGCAGCUGUCGUACAUCGCCGAGGACGAGAACGGCAAGAUCGUGGGAUACGUCCUGGCCAAGAUGGAGGAGGAUCCUGAUGGUCCCCACGGACACAUCACGUCCCUGGCCGUGAAGCGCUCGCACCGGCGGCUGGGGCUGGCUCAGAAGCUCAUGGACCAGGCGAGCCGGGCCAUGAUCGAGAACUUCAACGCCAAGUACGUCUCGCUGCACGUCCGCAAGAGCAACCGAGCAGCUCUGCACCUUUGCUCCAACACCCUCAACUUCCAGAUCAGUGAGGUGGAGCCCAAGUACUACGCGGACGGGGAGGACGCCUACGCCAUGAAACGGGACCUCACCCAGAUGGCAGACGAGCUGAGGAAGCAGGUGGAGCAGAAGGAGGCAGGGGCGGCCCCGGCCCCACCAGGCCCCCGGGGUGGGAGGGGUCUGUGGGUCAGGGGAGCCCCCACCCCCCUCGGGGCCCCCACGAGGACAGGGGGCGACAGCAAAGACGUGAGCGAGGUGAGCGAGACCACCGAGAGCACCGACGUCAAGGACAGCUCCGAGGCCUCCGACUCGGCCUCGUAGGGACCCCCCGGGGUCCCCCAAAUUCCUGGGACCCCCCUUGGUCCUGGGGAGGGAGGGGAAUAAAGCCCCUUCCUUUCCA